AUGGUUUUUCUACUGACACAUAGCAGAACCAGCUGGUAAGUUCGAAACCAAGCAAGCAGCCAUAAACACAAGCGUACAAACUGAUUUAUUCUCAACGUUUCAUUCUCCAAUCACUUUCUUUCUGUGCCCCCUUCUCUCUCUCUCUCUCUCUCUCUCUCUCUCCCUGUUCUUCUGCAAGAUAGGAACCUUCCUCUGCUUCUUGCAUUUUGCAGCUAAACCAGACGAAGACCGUGAAUUGAUUCCUGUGUCUGUUCGUUUUUCUGAGAAAUCAAUUACAUGAUACUGAACAUUCUAAUGGAAGAAAAUCAGUUAGAUUUCAAUCAGCCACUUUUAUCAGUGAGGCGGUUCUCAUCGACAGUGACAUCUGAAAAUGAGAAUAAAAGGAAAAUUAAUAAGUCAGAAGCCAAACGACCUCCUCUUCCUACUUACAAAUCAGAGUUAAAAUCAGGUCCAGUGAGUAACCCGGGAACAGUUCCUUUCGAGUGGGAGAAAACUCCUGGAAGACCUAAGAAUGAAAGCAAAUUACAAACAAAGGCUAUCGAACGGCCUUAUAUGUCUCCGAAGCUUCCACCUGGGAGGGUCGUAAAAGCUGAACAGCAAUACUUUGAUAAAGUUCCUAAAGGCGCAUCAGUAACUCAGUCCAGAACAGAAAGUGCCCCUUCCGACUCGCAUAGUGUUUCAUCUUGGGAUGAUAAAGUGAGAAAACAUAAAAGCAGAAAAGAAGUUGUUCAGGAAAAUGAAAGUUCUGUUUCCGAUGAUGGGGAUGAGGCCUAUCUAGAUGCUCUUGACACGCUUUCUAGAUCAGAAUCAUUCUUCAUGAACUGUAGUGUGAGUGGCUUGAGUGGAUGGGAUGAUCAAGAAGUCCAACCGUCGGAAAGUUUUUCGACAGAUCAACAGGCUCGUGAUUUCAUGAUUGGGAGGUUCUUGCCGGCAGCAAAGGCAAUGGUUUCGGAAACACCUCCAGUUCAAUACAACUCUAGGAAGCCAAUUGUUAAACAAGAACAGCAACCUAGACACUUAAGGAAAGUGGUAACUGGAGCAAAUUCCCAUCCUCUUAAUCAGAAAUGGCAGAAGGUUUUGCCACAUUAUGCCCAAGAUAUUGAUAGAGAAGAAAGUGAAGAUGAAAGUGGUGAUGAUGAUGAUGAUAGAUCUGAAAACUAUUCAGCCAAAAUUUGCGGGCUAUUUCCUCGAUUCUGCCUUUUGAAUCCAAUACCAGGAUUAAGAAUGAAUGAUAGGAUUCUAAGUUCUGCGGAUGAUCGAGUGCCGGGUAAAUCAUUUGCAUCUCACAGAAGAACUUCAAAAGAGCAUGCUAGAACUGCUAAUUAUGGGAAAAGAUCAGUAGAGUCCCAAUCUGGCUCUACAAAAGAGAAAGAUUUUCUCAGUGUUACAGAAAAUUCUAAGCACGGCAUUGAUCCACAUCGAAAAGGUUUUAGCACACCAUUCGCUCGUGAGGGAAAUCAAAAUGAAUCAAGCUCUGAAAGCCCCGUUGCUGAGAAAACUCUGUAUGUAGAUUCUGUGCAGAUGGUUAAAUCUUCAUCUUCUGAAAUGAAAGGUCCAACCAAUCAAGGAGGGGACGAUUUCGACACUUUAACAAAAGACGGUAGCAUUUUUAAAACUCCUUGUAUAGAUUCUUCAAUUGAGGAUAGCAAUGACUUGGGUGUUGUGGAUGAGAAGGAGGCAUUACAUCCUAAAAGUUCAGUGUCUCUUGAAUCAUUGCUCCUGGUUCGUUCUGAUAAUUAUACUGAUGAUAUGCAAAUGAAAAUGAGAAAUCUUUCCAACAAAAUGGAUUCAAAAAAGCAAGGGUUGACAAAGCCUGAUUACCAAAGUAAAUUAAAUCGAAAUUUGGUUGUGAUUUCAAGUCCAGAAACGGUGAAGUACAAGAAAAUAGAGUCCGAAAACAAAUUUUCUAGCAGUGAAAAAAGUUCUGGUGGCCUAAUUCAGAAUCCUGUUUCAUGGAGAAACUCAAAAGAGGGUAAUGAUUCAGAAUUUGAUCAACAAAGCAUUCGUGACUCUAAUGAAAACCAACCACCUAUGAAAUUAGACAAUGGAGAGACAUCAUAUGCUUGCUCUAUGAAGCUUCCUCUUGCCCUUCCUUUACCGAAAGCUCCUUCAGAGUCUUGGCUUAAGCGUACUUUACCUACAGUUUCCUCAAGGAAUACAUCUUCGUGGUCAAAUCUCGCUUCCAACAUUCAUGUACCAUCUCAAGCUCCCAAGACAGCAUCACUGGAUCCUAAGUGGGAAAUUAUCGUUAAAUCUUCGAAUGUUCAUCGCGGGCAUCUGCGGUUUGCUGAGGAAUUAACACCCAUUCCUGAAGCCUGAAUUUCCUGGAGAAUAGGCCUUUGAUCAUUUGAUUGCUUGCUGGAAUGUGCAUCUUUUUCUUGGUGUAAUUAUUUGUUCUCUUUAUGGUUACCCUACAGGUUAGUUUAGUCUCCUUUUUGUUUCUAUAUACAUGAGAUGGUAUACAAUAAAGUGUAAAUGCCAAUCCUAUUUUUAUCAUAUAAAUGUAGUAAGUUGUUUCAGUUAAAA